UCACCUGUGAGGGGAAAAAAAAAAAAAAUCCUAUGAUCAAACCAGCACAAAACAUUCAUUAUUAAGGUACCCAAAUCAAGAAACAACAUUUUCCACUUAUAAAAAGUUUAAAUCUUUUAUGGGAUAUUUUUUUUCUGGUUAUUUUGUUCUUGGGUUUUCUUGAAGGAAUCAAUUAGGAUCUUUUAGUGGAAAAAGUUCAAAUCUUUUGCAAGUUUAUUAGGAAAAAGGGUGACCCUUUAAUUAGUUUACUAGUAAAGUUAUAUUUUUUGUGCAAGUUUAUCAGGAAAAAAGUGGACUCUUUACUUUGUUUACUAGUAAAGUUAGAAUUUUUGUGCAAGUUCAUCAAGAAAAAGGUGACCUUUUAAUUAGUUUACUACUAGUAAAGUUAGUAUAAUUUUUGUGCAAGUUUAUCAGGAAAAAGGUGAUUUUUUACUUUGUUUACUAGUAAAGUUGGAAUUUUUACUAGUAUUUUGGGGUAAAAAAUAUGGCUUGUGAAGGUAGUUAGAAUCAAUUGGUGAUCUCUAAGGGAAGAAAGUUCAAAUCUUUUGCAAGUUUAUCAGGAAAAAAGUGGACCUACUAGUGAAGUUGAAUUUUUGUGCAAGUUUAUAAGGAAAAAGGUGAGACUUUUUUACUUUAUUUACUUGUAAAGUUUGAACUUUUACUAGUAUUUUGUGGUAAAAAGAAUGGCUUGUGAAGGUAAUUAUAUGUGGAGUUUGAGUGGUAUUGUGGCAGCUUUUGUUGAUCUUGCAAUAGCAUAUUUCUUGCUUUGUGCAGCAACAGUAGCAUUUUUAGCAUCAAAGUUUCUUGGUUUUUUUGGUUUGAGAUUGCCAUGUCCUUGUGAUGGACUUUUUGGUACUUUCCCAAAUGGGAAUUUAUGUUUUCAUAGACUCUUGAUUGAUUUCCCAGCUGAGAAAGUGUCUAAUGUUCAACUCUCUAUAAAAGCAAACUUCCCUUUUAAUGAUAAUACUAUUUUGGGAAAAGACGAGAAUUGUGAUUUGAAUUGGAGAUUAAUUGGUGAUAAAGAGAAUAGUCCUCAUGGGUAUCUUGAAAUGGGUGAUGAGGAUGGUUCACGUAAUUCAGUAUCAGAUGCAAGAAAGUCACAUAAUAUUGCUAGGAUUGAGUUGAGUCCAAAGGGGAAAGGGGUGAUGAAUCAGAGACAAAGAGGAGGGAUUCGUCGAAGAAGGCGUAAAGCAGCUGUUGAUUAUGGGAGAUCUUCAUCAGUUUCUUCAUAUGACCCUCCAUAUGAAGACUUUCCACUGAGUCCUCCAUCCCUUCCUAGUACCAACAAAGAAGAUGGUGGCAACCCUCCACUGGUUAUGAGAUUGGACCACAGAGACUGCUUUGAAUUGAAUGGACUUCCUGAUGAAGUUGAGCACAUUGAAAAGAACGCUGCAUCCAUUGAAGAGUUGAAGCAUAACGGCCAACUGGUUUCCAGCUUCACUGAGGAAAACAGAACAAGACUCUUGGAACGGGCCUUAGAACACGAACAAGAAGCACGAGAUGCUCUUUGCCUUGAGCUUGAGAAGGAAAGAAAUGCCGCAGCGAGUGCUGCAGAUGAGGCUAUGGCUAUGAUCUUACGUCUACAGGAGGAGAAGGCAUCUAUUGAAAUGGACGCCCGUCAAUAUCAGAGAUUAAUUGAAGAGAAAUCUGCUUUUGAAGCUGAGGAAAUGAACAUUCUAAUGGAGAUCCUGAUGAGGACAGAAAGGGAGAAACACUUUUUAGAGAAGGAACUUGAAGUAUAUAGGCAGAUGACUUUUCUUGGAAAUGAAGAAUCAACAGUUGAUAGUGGGAAUGUAGCGGAUGCUUCAUCUGAUGCUAACGAGGAUCCAGUUCUUAUGUUUCAGCAGAUUAGUGCAUCUUCUGACCAGGCACCGAUUCACAGGCAGAAAAAAGAUGUCAGCUCCCAGAAGCAAAUUGACUUAGCAGUGUCCUCUUAUAGCAGCCAAGAAUUUCAGGAGAAAGAGAUGGUGUUUACAGUUAACAACUUUGAUGUGCCACCAGGGAAUAGGCAAAUACUGGACACUUUCUUGAAAUCCCCUGAGGCAGGUCUUUCAAAACAGAAGCUUCCUGAUCAUGCCAUUUCGCUAGAAGGGAAAGUGCUAAAAGAAAAUUCAGGUAUGGAAAGACAUGACAGAGAUUUGAAGUAUCAUGAGACAAUUGGAUAUCAGGGAUCAAACUGUCCAUGCAAUUUGACCUUGGAUAAAGAACCUCAAGUUCAUGAUGUUCAUGUGAUUGUUGACGGGUCCAACUUUUGCAAUGAUGUCAAUAGUGGUGAAUCUAGGAAAACUAGUUUCCCUAUGGAAGCUUCUCCUACACAGGAUGUAAUUAGAGAUCGUCCAAGUACUAGCACGUCUAAUAGUCAAGUGGAUCUUAAAAGCAAUGCGGACGCUGCUUCUGCGCUUCCGCCAGUGGGCCAACGUGGUAAAACCUUGCUAUGUGAUUUGUGGGGAAAUCCCAUGUCCUCAGUAGACAAUGAAAGGCUGAAAAUUGAAUCUAAAUUGGGACGGCUUCGAGAGAGGUUAAAGAUUGUGCAAAAGGGAAGAGAAAAACUUGACUUGACUGCAGAGCAUAGAGAAAGAGAAAAGAUGCAGUUAAAGCUUUUGGAGGAUAUAGCAUGCCAGCUUCACGAGAUUCGGCAGCUUACUGAACCUGAGAAGGCUGUACGACAGGCUUCCUUGCCCCUGCCAUCCUCCAAGCAAUUAAAAAAUGUCCGAAGACUUGGCUUGGAAGUAUGGGAAAAAACUUAGUGAGACCAAUCGGACUGCAGUUAUGUGUUUGUUUUGUGAUAAGAUAACUAAAGGAGGAAUCUUUCGCCACAAACAACAUCUUAUUGGUACCUUUAGCGAUGUUGCACGCUGUCUAAGAUGUCCGGAGAAUGUGAGGGAAGAAAUAAAAACAUAUGUCGAAGGAAAAAAGGAACUAAAACGUCAAAUGUUACAUCAACCAACUGUAACUAAUCUUGACGACGACGAUGAUGAAACAGAAGAAGGUGAAGCUGUUGAUUUGUCCGUUCGUUCAAAAUCACAAAAACGGACAACUUAUGGACCAACCUCCGGUGUGAAAGGUCCUUUAGAUUGCUAUUAUCAACCGAAGCCAACUGAUAAUGCAGGGACAAGCAGUAAAAAAAAAUUGAAAGACACCGCUUUACGGCUUUUGAGGGAGCGUGGAGUUGCGGAUUUUUCACGAUGGAUGUAUGAUGCAGGGCUCCCCUUCAAUUGUGUCAACCAUAUUGACACUUUUGGAGCCUUCCUUGAUGCCGUAGGCCAUUAUGGUGUUGGAAUGAAGCCGCCUAUGUAUCAUGAAGUUAGUACCUCAUAUCUAGCUAAAGAAGUGGAAGCGACACAAAAAAUAGUGGAGGAUCAUCAGGUAGAAUGGAAGCAUUUCGGAUGUUCCAUUAUGAUGGAUAAGUGGACGGCAAGAACGGGAAAAAUGAUCAUUAAUGUGUUGGUGAAUUCUCCAAAAGGAAGCUUAUUUCUUGAAUCUAUUGAUGCGAGUGACUCGUCUACUGAUUCCAUCAAGAUGUUCUCCUUGUUUCAGAGCACCGUUGAGAAGAUUGGACCAGAGAAUGUUGUUCAAGUUGUUACCGAUAAUGCAGCUGAAAAUGUUAAAGCAGGUGCUAUGUUGAAGGGAAUGUUCCCGAACAUCUAUUGGACUCCAUGUGCAGCUCAUUGUAUAAAUUUGAUGUUCGGGGAUAUUUUCAAGGAAAGACCCUUUAGAGGAGUUUUCACUAAGGCUGUUAGAGCGCAUUCCUACAUUGUUCAAAGGCCUUUGUUGUUGAACAUGAUGAGGAGAUUCACAAAACAAAAAAACUUGGUGAAACCUGGCAAAACUCGAUUUGCUACUGCUUUCUUGACCUUACAUCGUAUGCAUAUACAAAAGGCCAAUUUGAGAAGCUUGUUCAUUUCGGAUGAAUGGAACAAUAGUAAAUUUGCAAAAGAAGUCAUGGGGAAAGAAGUUGCACGCAUAAUGAUGUCUUAUACUUUUUGGAAUAAUGUUGUUCAUGCUCUUAAAAUUGGUGGGAGUACAAGAUUUUGACAAUCUUGUAGAAGAAUAAGAACUAGAUGUCGAACUAUUAGUAGCUUUGAUUUUGUUUGUCCUAUGGUCCGGAGGAUUUUGUGAUAUCCACUUUAGUUUUUUAUUUGAAAUUUUAGUCUAUGGAUAUCUACUUUAGUUUUGGAUUUGAACUUUUGCUUAUAUAUAUAUUCUCUAUUUAUUUUGCUCUUUUUUUAAAAAAAAAUUGCGCUUCACCUCAAUGAAGCGGGCGCUUUGCUUCACGCUUCGCUUAAAGCGUGAAGCGGGACCUUGUCGCUUUUUUCCGCUUCACGCUUUCCUGAACACUGUAUCCAACAAUUCACAAACGGUGGCAUAAGAGUUAUCCAUAAGAGACCCCUCUGCAAUGUUGUUCGCCACUGAUUUGUUGACCGAAUCUAGAGAUCUAUAAAAUGUUUGUAGAAGCACACCAUCGGGCAACCCAUGCUUGGGACAGCUUUUGACUUUCUUUUUAAAACGAGUCCAAGUUUCAUGGAGAGCCUUAUCCGGAAGUUGACGAAAGUUGUUGAUUUCGUCACGGAGUUGUAACAUCCGCGACGGAGGGAAGAACUUCUUGAAGAAUGCUUCGGUCAGUUCCUCCCAAGUAGUGAUGGACCCGGAAGGAAGAUCAUCUAACCAAGCCGUGGCUUCCCCCGUUAAGAAGUACGGGAAGAGCCGUAGCUUGACUGCUUCAAUUGAGACGUCCGGAUGCACAUUGGUAGAACAGACCCCAAGAGAGUUUCUAAGGUGCCUAUUCGGGUCAUCUGUGGGUAGACCACCGAACAGGCCCUUAGUGUUGAGCAGGUGCAGCAUGAUGUUGGUUAUAUGGAAACUUGAAUUUCCAAUUAAAGGGGGAGGCUGAAUUGCAGCUUGAUGUUGGUUAUAUGGAAACUUGAAUUUCCAAUUAAAGGGGGAGGCUGAAUUGCAGCUGCAUAGCCUGCCCCCGCAGCUUCUUCACCAACCGCUACUGGUGGAUUUUGGACAGGGAUAUCAUCCUCAUCCAUAUUGCCUGCACAACACACGACAACAAAAAGGAAAUAAGAAAAGAAAUAAAGACUAAAAGUAAAGUUUUACACUAGUUAGUAAAUUUCUAGACCGUAUUCCCCGGCAACGGCUUCAUUUUUGAUAACGUCCAAAUCCACUCCUCAAAGAGAAAGUGUAAACGGUCGUAUGCAAUAUAUUUUACCCAACUAUGAGUCGGGGUCGAUCCCACAGGGAAUACAAUGAAGAAAUAUACUCGAUAAGUGUAACACCCGACUAUUAGUCUAUAUUUCAAGGGGGAAAGAAAUAUAAUAGGAGUUUGAUUGUUGUUUGUUCAUUAAAAGCUAAGAAUGGUUAUAGGAUGUAAAUAAUUGGUAAAUGGGACUAAGGUUGUGGUUCCAAUGGAGAGUAAUGCGUUUGGGUAUCAAUUCAACUUAUUUAUAUACCUAGGUGCAUUAAGCCAAAGGUCACGCGAUUCUUGCCAAAAGUUUUCCAACCAAAUCAGCAAAUUUCAUCCUAAGCUUUUCCAAGCCCUAGGAUGUUUUAUAAGAAAGCACCCAUGUAGCCUCAACUAGCUUUCCUAUUCCUAGCUCAAGCUAUUAGAUGGAUUUAAUGACCCAAAUUGUUGCUAUUAACUCUUUUCCUAACCUCUACUUUCUUUUCCAAGCGAAGUAAUGGUAUUAAGGCACAAGUAAUGUUGUACAGCAUCAUAAGACAUUGAUGCUUGAAGAGUUAAUAGAAAACACCAUUAGCAUAUAAACAUAGUAUGAAUAUGAAACCCAAUCACAUAACUAACACAUUGGAUACCACAACCUUAGCUGAAAGAUUAGUUACUAAUAUUCAUUAAAAGUAAAGCAAUCAAGUAAAAUGUAUUCAUAAAUCUUACAAAAGUGUUGGAUGAAGAAGAUGACAAAGCUAAAAGAAAUCUCUUAAAUGUUUCAACAACCAACAGUAAAUGACUCCACAAGAAUCUAUGCCAAAAACUGCAGGAUAAUCUGAACCAAAACCCUAGAAAAUCUAUUUAUAGCAUGUCCAAAACGGGAACAAUUUUCAGACAAAAAUGCCCCUGUGCAUCAGGUGCGAAUCGCACUUGGUAUCGCAAGUGCAACAUGCGAGUCGCAUGUUGCACCAAAUCAUCGCAUGUGUGACAUCUUCAUUCAUCUGUUGAGCAGCAUAUGCGACACCAUAUGCGAUUCGCAUGUGCAACAUGCGACUCGCAUGUGGUGUCGCAUGUGCAACAUGCGACUCGCAUGGUGUCGCAUGUGGUGUCACCCAUGGUUUCUUCUUUAGCCUUUUCUGUCAGCAGAUGCUGCAUCACAUGCGAUUCGCAUGUAGUACAUGCGACUCGCAUGUGAUGCCCUUGUUCAGUUCAGCUUCCUUUUUGCUUCAUUUUCCUUCAUUUUGCUUCCAGUUACUUCCGUCACAUGUUUUUGUACAAAUUGUCACAAAAACACGAGAAACGACAUCAAAAGUACUUGGGGAUGUACAAAAGACUAAGUAGUUGGUGUCGAAUAUGCCGUAAUUUCACGACUCAUCACUUCCAUAGUGUGACUUAGCAGCUUGAUCCCUCUAUAGUUGUUGCAACUUUGAAUGUCGCUUUUGUUCUUGUACAAUGGAAUCAUUGUACUGCAUCUUCAGGCAUCUUAGCCGUCUUAAAGAUGAUAUUAAAUAAUCGAGUCAACCACUCCAAAACUGCCCUGCCUACAGUCUUCCAAAAUUCCCCUGGAAUUUCGUCGGGCUCGAUCGCUCUUCCCCUACUCAUCCUAUGAACAACACCCAUAACUUUCUCAACCUUUACACUCCUACAAUAUCCAAAAUCACGACAGCUCUCGGAGUACUCCAAAUCUCCCAACACAAUGUCUCUGUCCCCUUCGUCGUUCAAGAGUUUGUGAAAGUAUGACUGCCAUCUCCAUCUAAAUGAGAGCGUCCUCCACCAGUACCCUGCCAUCCUCGUCCUUGAUGCACUUCACUUGAUCAAGUCACGAACCCUUCUCUCCCUCGCCUUGGCUAGUCGGUACAACUUCUUAUCCCCGCCUUUGUCCUCUAGUUCUGCAUACAGGUGCUCAAAAGCUGUUGUUUUCGCCGCCAUAACCGCUAACUUUGCCUCCUUCCUCGCCAUCUUAUACAAUUCCCUAUUCGUCCGCUUUUCCUCAUCAUCCUUGCUGUCCACCAACUUUGCAUACGCCACCUUCUUUUCUUCCACAUUCUCUUGAACUUCUUUAUUCCACCACCAGUCCCCUCGGUGUCGACGACGGCUACCCUUCGAGACCACCAGCACCUCUCUAGCUGCUUCCCUAAUGCAACUGGCCGUCCUAUCCAACAUGUCGGAUGCCUCCCCACUACUCUCCCAAGCUCCCAUAGCCCUCAACUUCUCCCCAUCUUCCGGGCACCUGUCAUGGUCAAACUCCCCCAUUUGAUCCUAGGCCUGUCAUCAACGACCCUCUUUCUCUUCCUCAUCUUGAUCUCCAAAUCCAUCACUAAGAGCUUAUGCUGGGUCGUAAGGUUCUCACUCGGAAUCACCUUGCAGUCUUUACAGAGACCUUUAUCAUCCUUCCUAAGGAGUAAAAAGUCUAUCUGUGUCUUCCACCGAACUACGAAAGGUUACCAAGUGCUCUUCCUUCUUUGGGAAACUCGAACUGGCUACCAACAGUGCAACUCCUCCUCUGUUUUUGUCCCUGAAACCACAACCUCCAUGCAUAUCGUUAUAUCCCCUCGAAAUUGACCAGAUGUGUCCAUUGAAAUCUCCUCCUAUGAAUAGCUUCUCAGUGCGCGGUAUACCUCCCAUCAUCUCGUCCAAAUCCUCCCAAAAACGUCUCUUCUUCUCCUCGCCCAAGCUCGCUUGCGGCGCGUAAGCACUAAUAAUGUGCAAAAUAAACCCUCCAACGACCAGCUUAAUCGUCAUCAUCUUAUCAUUGACCCUCUUAACCCGUACCGCCUGAUCUCUUAAGUCAUCUACUAAAAUGCCUACCCCAUUCCUAUCUUUCGACCUACCUGAGAA